CAGCUAAGAGCGAGAGCACAUUCCAGCAGAAGAGCUAAAUUCAGGGCAGCAGGAGUCGGGCAGCUGUCUGCACCGGACCUGGGACUUGGGUGGCAAACCCGCCCAAGCGGAGCGAGAGGAGGCUGCUGGGGCGGGGCGCGGAGGGGGCGCCUUGGGAUGGGCGGAGCCCACAGGAUUCCCACACUCGGCGACAUGGGGCUCGUCCUGUUCCUGCUGUCGUGGGUGCUCCCGCAGGUUUUGGGAAGUUCUGAGGUUCUGGGGAGGAGUUUCCUCUUCCGCUGCCUCCAGAUCUCAUCCUUCACUAAUAGCAGCUGGUGGCGCACAGAUGGCUUGGCGUGGUUGGGGGAGCUGCAGACGCACAGAUGGAGCAAUGCGUCGGACAAGAUCGACUCUUUGAAGCCCUGGGCCCAAGGCACCUUCAGCAGCCAGCAGUAUGACCAACUGCAGUAUAUAUUUCGGGGUUAUCGAAGCAGCUUCACCAGGGACGUAGAGGAAUUCGCCAAAAUUCUGUCUUUAGAGUAUCCCAUUGAGCUCCAGCUCUCUGCUGGCUGUGAAGUGUAUCCUGGGAACGUCUCAGAAAAUUUUUUCCACAUAGCGUAUCAAGGAGAAUAUAUCCUGAGUUUCCAUGGAACUGCUUGGGAGUCUGCCCCUCAGGCCCCUCCUUGGCUAGAUUCAGUCAUCAAAGUGCUGAACCAGGACCAAGGGACAAGGGAAACAGUGCAGUGGCUGCUCAAUGACAUCUGUCCCCAAUUUGUAAAUGGCAUCCUGGAGACAGGGAAGUCAGAACUGGAGAAGCAAGUGAAGCCCGAGGCCUGGCUGUCCAGGGGCCCCAGUCCUGGACCUGGCCGUCUGCUGCUGGUGUGCCAUGUGUCUGGAUACUACCCACAGCCAGUGCGGGUGAUGUGGAUGCGGGAUGAGCAGGAGCAGCAGGGCACUCAGAGAGGUGACAUCCUGCCCAACGCUGAUGAGACGUGGUAUCUCAGAGCAACCCUGGAUGUGGCAGUUGAGGAGGCGGCUGGCCUGGCCUGCAGAGUGAAGCACAGCAGCCUAGGAGGGCAGGACCUUGUCCUCUACUGGGCUGGGAGCCACACCUCUGUGGGCCUGAUCAUCCUGGCAGUACUGACAUGCCUGGUGUCCCUCUUUAUGCUCAUUCUAGGCUUAAUCUGGGUUAGGAAACGCCGCUCCUAUGAAGACAUCCUGUGAGUCUCCUGGCCACCUGCCCUGUCUGGAGGUUAAGUCCCCAAGUUCCCAGGCCUGUAGUCCUUUCCUGCUCAGUUCCUGAGUGACCUUGGAGAAGUAAAAAAAUAAAAAAUAAAAAAAAAAAAAAUCACCACACCUUUUAACAUUUUUCUAACAGUUUAAGUUUUCCUUCUACAAGUUUAUAAGCCCAAGUGAUUCUGUACAAACAGGAGUGUAAACUCCCGUGUUUACCUGCUGGCAAUGAGGAGAGGUAGGGGCUGUGGUGGAAGUGUAUGUGUUGGUCACUGAGUGAAUCUGUCCUGAGCUGGAAAGCACAUAUCCUGUGCAGAGGUGGCAGCUGCAGUGGCCUGUUGUCAAGCAUAAAGUCAAACUCUGGCUUGGUUGUAAUCUACAUUUCUCAAGAAAACUGGAAAUCUGGAAUUUUAUGUGACAUGUCUGAUUUAAAGUGUUAACAUGGGGGCUGUGGUUGUGGCUCAGUGGUAGAGCGCUUGCCUAGCAUGUGUGAGGCACUGGCUUCAAUUCUCAGCACCACACAUAAAUAAGUAAAUUAAAGGUUCAUUGACCACUAAAAAUAUUUUAAAAAUGUUAACAUGAUUUUGCAGAAUAUUCUGUGUGACAUCCCAAAUGAACAUUGCUGACUAAUAACAUCUCAGGUGCUCCUAGUUUGUGUCUCUUUUAUGAAAACUUUGGAAUCUCAGAAAUAGAUCUGUAUACAAGGGAAUUACACUGUGUAUUAGAUAACAUCAUUACAAAGAAUGGACAAGCUGACUCUGGCUAGAACAU